AUGAUGAGAAAUACUGAUACUGUAGCCGAUUUCAUAUUGCUUCUUCCGAAUGACUGUUCCAAUAAGCCUUGUUUCAGCUUGUGCGAGCCUCACGAAUCGAUGCGCGUAAAUAAUUGCAUCAGCAUAAGAUCAAAGACGACCAGAACAACAGAAGUAGAUAUAAGCUCACAUCCACCAGUAACUAUAGAGUCACUAGUAGCUUAUGGUGAUCCAUUUGAUCACUUGUCACUAAUUUACGUUGUUUUGUCUUCGGCCGAAGAUCCUGUUCAAGAAGGUUUGGCUCUCAAAAAGGUAAUUGCUUUGAAAUCUCAUCUUGAUUUUGUCGAAAUGCAGGAACCCUAA